AUGUUAAAGGCCGUGGUGAAGGCAACCCGCGGUUUCGCCUCAGGCCCCUACGACGUGGUGGUGGUCGGAGGAGGACCCGGCGGCUAUGUGGCUGCGAUCAAGGCAGGACAGCUUGGCAUGAAGGCCGCCUGCGUUGAAAAGCGAGGGUCGCUGGGCGGCACCUGCCUGAACGUGGGCUGCAUCCCCUCGAAAGCGCUACUGAACAUAACCCACAAGUACGUCGAGGAGAAAUCCUUCAAGGAAAUGGGCCUGCACAUCGACAAGGUGGACAUCAAGUGGGACCAGACGCUCUCCAAGAAGGACAAAAUCGUGAAGGGCCUGACCGGCGGCAUCUAGUUUCUGUUCAAGAAGAACAAGGUCGACUACCUCAAAGGGUCUGGGAAGUUCAAGUCCAAGACCCAGUUGGAGAUCAGUGACGGCAAAGGCGGCACCUCUGUGAUCGACUCCAAGAAUUUCAUCAUCGCGACCGGGUCCGAGCCCAGCCCCUUUCCCAACCUGCCUUUCGACGAAAAGAUUAUCCUCAGCUCCACUGGCGCUCUCUCCAUCCCCAAAAUCCCGAAGUCCCUGAUCGUCAUCGGCGGCGGCGUUAUCGGCCUGGAAAUGGGGUCGGUCUACUCCCGUCUGGGUUCAAAGGUGACCGUCAUCGAGUACUUCGACCAGAUCUGCCCGUUCCUGGACCCCGAGAUCGGCGCGGCCUUCACAAAGAUCAUGCGCAGGGAGAUGGAAAUCCUUACCGGCCACAAGGUCAUCUCCGGCAAGAACACUGGCACUGCAGGUGAAAUCCUGAUCGAGCCGGUCAAGGGCGGCGAAAAGAAAACUCUGACUGCCGACCAUGUGCUUAUCAGCACUGGCCGCAAGCCCUACACAGAGGGGCUCGGCCUUGAGGCGGCUGGGCUGAAGGCCGACGAGAAGGGCAGAAUCCCGAUCAACGACCACUUGCAGACCGAAGUCCCGAGCAUCUAUGCCAUCGGCGACGUAGUGCGUGGCCCCAUGCUGGCCCACAAGUCCGAGGAGGAGGGCAUCGCGGCUGUCGAGUUCAUCGCCGGCAAGGGCGGACACGUGAACUACGACGCCAUCCCCUCAGUGAUCUACACGCACCCAGAGGUGGCCUGGGUGGGCAAAUCCGAGACCGAGCUCAAAAAGGAAGGCAUUGAAUUCAAGAAGGGAUCGUUCCCGUUCGUGGCCAACUCCAGGGCCAAGACCAAUGACGACUACGAUGGGCUGGUGAAGGUAUUGUCGGACGCCAAGACUGACCGGAUGCUGGGCAUGCACAUCGUGGGGGUGUCGGCCGGCGAGAUGAUCGUGGAAGGAGUGGUGGGGCUGAACUACGGCGCCUCUGCGGAGGACCUCGGGCGGACAUGCCACGCGCACCCGACCCUGUCGGAGGCAGUCAAAGAGGCUUGCAUGGCGGUCUACGACAAGCCGAUCCAUUUCUGA